AUGUCGAGCUCAGAUUCUGGGGAUGAAAUCAUUGACAGAAAGCCGGUAAAGGUAAGUUAAAGGCUUGAAAUUGAAUUCAUUCUUUUAGAAGCGUGUUGCCAAGGAUGAAGGAGAUCAAAAAGACGCAUCCAGUAGCAAGAAGUGUAAGAAAUCAACCCGUGAAGUUGAUGCGGAUGGAAACGAAGUGAGUUUUUGUUGGGUUACAAGUUAUCUUUGUUAUUUAGAUGUUUGAAAUUGGAAACAACCGUUUCUUGACUGUUCGAGAAUUCAAGGGAAAGGCUUUGGUUGAUAUCCGCGAAUAUUACAUGAAGGACGGAAAGCGAUGCCCUGGCAAGAAAGGAAUCAGUCUCAGCCGUGAGCAGUUCCAGGCUCUCAAGGGGUUGGUGGGAGAAAUCGAACAGAAGUUGGUCGACAUCUAG